AUGACCAGGGAAGAAGGUUACAGAGAAGAAUUUAAUUAUGACAGGAUGCCAACUUUGGAGCGUGGAAAACAAGAGAAUGGAAAUUAUGUACCAGAUAUCAAAUCUAGUGACCUUCAGAUAUCAACGAGGUUUCAUCCUUGUUUUAGUUAUAGAACAUGGAUCUUUUCUUUGUUGAUGGGGACUUGCCUUCUUGUUACUUCUGGAUUUUCACUUUAUCUGGGAAAUGUUUUUCCAUCUGAAAUGGAUUAUUUACGUUGUGCAGCAGGUUCAUGUAUUCCUUCAGCAGUUGUGAGUUUUGCUAUAGCAAGAAACAAAGUUAAUGUGAUACCCAAUUUCCAGAUUCUAUUUGUUUCUACAUUUGCUGUAACAACAACGUGUUUAAUUUGGUUUGGAUGCAAACUUGUCCUUAAUCCAUCGGCAAUAAAUAUAAAUUUCAACUUGAUUCUGCUAAUUCUGCUGGAAAUCUUCAUGGCAACUACUGUGAUCAUUUCAGCUAGGUCUAAUGAAGACUGCUGUAGGAGGAAGAAAAGUACCGAAUAUGACAGUACCAGCGUUUUGAAUGAUGUCAGCUUUCCUACUCGAAUUCUGAAAUCCUAUUCAGUAAUUGAAGUGAUUAUUGGAAUUUCUGCAGUAUUUGGUGGAAUAAUUGCUUUGAAUAUGGAUGUGUUAGUCUCAGGUCCAUACCUUUCAGUAACAUUCUUUUGGAUCUUAGUGGCUUGCUUUCCAAGUGCCAUUGCAAGUCAUGUAGCUGCUGAAUAUCCAAGUAAAUGUUUGGUUGAGGUCCUGAUUGCCAUAAGCAGUGUCACUUCUCCAUUGUUGUUCACUGCUUCUGGAUACUUAUCCUUCAGUAUCAUGCGAGUUAUUGACAUCUUUAAAAAUUAUCCACCAGGAGUUAAACAAUCUUAUGAUAUACUUCUGUUACUUCUGAUGCUGAUGCUGUUAAUUCAGGCAAUGCUUACCAUUGGCACUGUCAUCCAGUGUGUAAGUUAUAAGACAAAAAUGAAGCUGCAUGAUUCAUCUUGGGCAAUGCCACAGAUUAAUAAACAGGAGUACAGAACAAUGGAGGUUUCCAAUAAUACCAUAAAGGAUUUUGACAAAGACAAAGCCUGGAAAGCUGUUGUGGUACAGAUGGCUCAGUAA